AAGGACAAUGUAUGUAGUCUCUUUGGAGGACGUCUCUCUCUUUGGCUCUCUAGAUUUUCUUAUAUAACUAAACGGGAGGGUAGAUAAAAUGUAGAAGAUAUACUCACUAAAUGCCAUAUGAUGAGCCACAGAUGAACCUCAAGAAUAUUGGAGGCUGUGUUGAAUGAAACGCCUCCUUUACAGUGAUCAUGUGUAUGAAUCCCGGAUGUGACAACGCCUGUGUUGGAUUGAUACGAUGCAGACCAUAAAGUGUGUGGUAGUGGGUGACGGUGCAGUGGGAAAGACCUGCCUGUUGAUCUCCUACACCACCAACAAGUUCCCCUCGGAAUACGUCCCCACGGUGUUUGAUAACUAUGCAGUGACAGUGAUGAUCGGAGGGGAGCCCUACACUCUGGGGCUGUUCGAUACAGCAGGUCAGGAGGACUAUGACAGACUGCGACCACUCAGCUACCCUCAGACAGAUGUCUUCCUGGUGUGCUUCUCUGUUGUAUCACCUUCCUCUUUUGAGAACGUCCGUGAGAAGUGGGUCCCAGAGAUCUCCCACCAUUGUCCGCGUACACCCUUCCUGCUGGUGGGCACCCAGAUGGACCUGAGGGACGACAGCAACACAGUGGAGAAGCUGGCUAAGAACAAGCAGCGGCCCCUGGCCCCUGAGAGCGGAGACAAACUGUGCCGGGACCUCCGGGCCGUCAAAUACGUUGAGUGCUCCGCCCUCACCCAGCGAGGUCUGAAGAACGUGUUUGAUGAGGCCAUCUUGGCCGCGCUGGAGCCGCCAGAGACCAAGCCCAAGAAACGCUGCGCACUCUUAUAAGAAAUGUUUAAUUGGGCCUAAGAGCCAGGGGAAAGACCAGACGGGGGGAGACAGGCAGACACGGAGAACAGACAAAGCUGGGAGGGGUGUAAAGGGAGGGAGAAAGAGAGGACGAGUGAGACAUUUGUUUAAUAGUGCCUUCAGCGAUACAGGUGGGGAGGGGCGACGUUGCGUGGAUAGGUAACAGAGACCUAGAAAUACAUCCUAAUAUGUAAUAGAAUGUAUAUCUAUGUUUCUUGUAACAAGCUGAUCAAUUCUCUUCCAGACCAGAAAAGUCCUUCUUAAAAGGAGACCGACAGAGCAAUAUAGGGAAGAGACAAGGUUUUGAAACCUCUAUUGCCUUAAAGUUACAGUACAAACAAAAUAAGUUAGACAAAAGGAGGAAGAGACUGUGUGGAGUUUAUUUUGUGUUUGAUGAUACUUAAAAACUGACUGGAAAAAUGUGCUUAAUCUGUGCAAUCUAGACGCACACAGGCGCCAGUGCUUUACUCCCUUCAACCCACAACUGAACUCUUCUUCUUCACCCACUAUCUGACAUCACUGCUCCCAUGGAAACUACAAGUGCUUUUUAUUCCUCUUGGGAUUUCACUGCCCCCUAACAUGAACUGAAUUUCCACUUGCUUUUUUUUUUUUACAUUUAUUGUUUUAGAGAUGAUGGUAUAUUAAUGACGAUAAUAAGAGUAUUUUUUUGCCCCUUUAUUUCCGUGUUUUUAUUUGUAUUUUUUAUGGUUGUGUGCCAAUGUGUUGAGUGUCACUGGUUUCAUUUGACAUAACAAUCAUAAUAUGCCUCUAAUGACUACGUAGCUGGUUGUGAUGUCAGUAGUAAUAACAGCAAAUAGCAAUAAUGGUUAUGAGUAACAGUAAUAGCUGUAUUGACGCAUCAUCCAGUUGUUUGAAAUAAAUAAAAAAUAACUUGAAAAUGG